UGAACUGUCCAUUACUAAGGAUACGCGCCGAGUUUUCGAAUUUUCCUAAAAUUGCUAACACUAAAACUCAAUGCCUGAGAAGAAUAACAAAAAGUUGUGUUUAUUUUUCUGCCCUGGAAAGAAAAGGAAGAGACUUUUUCACCUGAGACAGCGAUUUCUAGGGUUUUGUUUUUUGGGUUACCGAUUUCUUCUCGAAGCUUCUAGAAGACCUCCCAGUGUGUUGGAGAAGAUGACGCUCUGUGGAAAGUGGGAUUAGAGAUGGUGCUAAAUUCGUCAGAUUUAGGACCUAGCCGCUGUGAUAUUCGAGAUUUACCAGCUCCGAGCAGCACCAAUGAUCAGGGCAAGACCGAACUUGCGAGGAAGAAGAAAGUGAAGAGGAGCAAUACAGAAAUAGAAGCUGAUGCUUCUUCCUCCGACAACUCUUGUUUUGUGGCCCUUGUCACGGCUUCGAAUCUACGCAAAGAUGCUCUGGUGCUUAUACUCUUUAUUGCAUACUGUGGUUUAAUCACUCACUAUACCAAUAUAUAUGCUAGCAAUUGUGGUUCUAAUCACUAACUCAAUGAAAUGCUGUUUCUAAAGUUGCGUACUUGGUUUAGAUCCUAUUGUGGUUCAGUUUGGGAGAGAACUUGUUGAAAUAAAAUCAAAAGGUUAACUACAAUAUGGUUUUGGUUCACUUUGAUCAAACAUCUACUUAGGUAACUGUAUGUAUUUUCUCAAAUUUAUACUCUAACUUUAGUUUGGUUUUCAUUUCGAUUCUGUUUGGUGGUUUGGUUUUCCUUAUUUCAUGUAUCCUUUUGUUGUGGUUUACAUUGGUGUGGUGAGACUAGAGAAAGUGUUUUCUCACGUUUGCUAUACUUAUGUUUAGUUUUGUGUUGAAAAUGCCUGAAUCCUUUUGUUGCAGUAUCUUCCACAAGAUUUAACAAGUUCAGUUGGUCUUGAAAGGAAAUACCGUGAGAUUGUUGUAACAGAUGAAAGGGAAAGAAGAUCAUGGGCGUUGGAUCUGAGGUUCAACAAAUCAUCUGAUACUUUCUACAUAAGCCGAGGUUGGAGGAGUUUCUGUGAUGAAAACGGUAAAAAGCCAGGAGGUGUCUUUGUUUUCAAACUAGUUGGAAACAGGGAAACUCCGGUGCUUAGUUUCUGUUCCACUGAAUCUAUCAACGAUGGAACACAAGGACAUAAGAACAACAAAUACAAUUGUAUGGAGCUGAAGAGCAAGAAGAAGCGUAUGAGAUGUAGAGAUUCAACUUCACCAAGCCAAAACCGGUUUAUGACAUUAACACUUACUCAUGACAACCUCAUAAAAAGUAGACGGCAACUUCCUUUGCCAUUUAUGAGAGAAAAUGGCUUGGUCAAACCUGGGAUUAUAAAUUUGUUGGGUAAAGAUGGUACAAAGUGGGAGGUAAAUCUUCGACGGGAAGCCAACGGAACCAUGUAUUUGGGAAAAGGCUGGAAAGAUUUCACUAUAGCUAACGGCUUAAAGACCGGCGAAUCUUUCACGUUGGAGGCAGUUUUGGAGAAUGGAACUCGUAUGCUCAGUUUGGUCAGUACACAGUCCACAAGUGAUAGAAACCAGCAAGGAGAGUGUUUAAAAGAUAGCGAGAAAGAGUCAAAUUCUACAGAACCUAGCAGUGGAAAAAGGAAAGCCAUGAUAAACAGAGGCGUGAGAAGAAAGUCAUUUCCAGCAAGCCAAAACCGGUGUGUGACAUUAAAACUUACUCAUGACAACCUCAUCAAAAGUAGACGGUAUCUUCCGUUGUCAUUCACAAGAGAUAAUGGCUUGGACAAACCUGGGAUGAUUUUUCUGUUGGGCAAAACUGGUAGAAAGUGGGAGGCAAAUCUUCUAAGGGAAGCCUCAGGAAGAAUUGUUUUGACGGGAAAGGGCUGGAAAGAGUUCGCCAUGGCAAACGGCUUAAAAAGCGGUGAAUUGUUCACGUUGGAGGCAAUUUUGGAGAAGGGAACUCCUAUGCUCAGUUUGGUCAAUACACAGUCCACAAAUUAUAGAAGCCAACAAGGAGAAUGUUCAAGAGAUAGCGAGAAGGAGUCGUCGAUUUGUGCUGAACCUAGUAGAGGAAACAAGAAGUGGAAAGCUACUAACAACAGAAAGGAGAGGAGAGACUCGUCGUCAGCAAUCCAAAAUCGAUAUGUGACAUUAACACUCACACCAGAAGAUGUCAGAGCCUGUACACUAAUUCUUCCGAGUCAAUUCAUGAAAGCUAAUGGCAUCAACAAGCUUGGGAAGAAAACUUUGUUGGGUCAAAACAGAAAGAAGUGGUUUGCAUAUCUACUGUCAAAAAGUGGAUUUGUGGCACUGGGAUCUGGUUGGAAAGGUUUCUGUGAAGCUAAUGGCGUUAAGACAGGAGAAUCAUUCAAUUUGGAAUAUAUUGAUGAACAAGACACAACUCCUGUGUUUAAGUUCUGUUCCAACUCCGUAGAGUAUGUAAAGUUCACAAGCCUUCCUUAAAAACUAAAGGCCUUUUUGUUAGUUAAGUUUAAAUUAUUAUGAUUAUGAACUUGCUAUUUUGAAUGAACCAUCUUUAAAGAGUUUCUCUUAGAAUAUAAUGACAACUUAUUGUGGAUUGAAAUAAGGUUAACAGAGUU